AUGAUACAUAUGCUAAAUGCAGCAGCUGAUCGAGUGAAAUGGACCAGAUCGAGGACUGCUAAAAGGGCUGCCUGCGUGGUGGCUGCAGCAUAUGCUCUGAAAACCCUCUGUCCCAUCAUUGGCAAGCGUUUAAAGCAAUCUGGCCACUGGAAGAAAAAAGAAGCUUACCCGGCUGCAGAGAAUAGAGAAAUACUGCAUUGCACCGAGGCCACUUGUAAAAAACCUUCUCCUGGAGUGAAUGCAGAUUUUUUCAAACAGCUACUAGAACUUCGGAAAAUUCUCUUCCCAAAACUUGUGACCACUGAGACAGGAUGGCUCUGCCUCCACUCGGUAGCUCUAAUCUCAAGAACAUUUCUGUCUAUCUAUGUAGCUGGUUUGGAUGGAAAAAUCGUGAAAAGCAUUGUGGAAAAGAAGCCUCGGACUUUCAUCAUCAAAUUAAUCAAGUGGCUUAUGAUUGCCAUCCCUGCCACCUUUGUCAACAGUGCAAUAAGGUACCUAGAGGGCAAAUUGGCCUUGGCCUUCAGAACUCGCCUAGUCAACUAUGCUUAUGAAACCUAUUUUACAAAUCAGACUUAUUAUAAGGUGAUCAAUAUGGAUGGGAGGCUGGCAAACCCUGACCAGUCUCUUACUGAAGAUAUUAUGAUGUUCUCUCAGUCUGUGGCUCACUUGUAUUCCAAUCUGACCAAACCUAUUUUAGAUGUAAUCCUGACUUCCUAUACACUCAUCAAGACUGCUACGUCCAGAGGAGCAAGCCCAAUUGGGCCCACCCUUUUAGCAGGGCUUGUGGUAUAUGCCACUGCUAAAGUGUUAAAAGCCUGCUCUCCCAAAUUUGGUAAAUUGGUGGCUGAAGAAGCUCAUAGGAAAGGCUAUUUGCGGUAUGUGCACUCCAGAAUUAUAGCCAAUGUUGAAGAAAUUGCCUUCUACAGAGGACAUAAGGUAGAAAUGAAGCAACUCCAGAAAAGUUACAAAGCUUUAGCAAAUCAGAUGAACCUCAUUUUAUCCAAACGUUUGUGGUACAUCAUGAUAGAGCAGUUCUUGAUGAAGUAUGUUUGGAGCAGCAGUGGACUAAUUAUGGUGGCUCUACCUAUUAUCACUGCAACUGGCUUUGCAGAUGGUGAUCUAGAGGAUGAUCGAAAGCAAGCUAUGGUUAGUGAGCGGACAGAAGCGUUUACCACUGCUCGAAAUUUAUUGGCCUCUGGAGCUGAUGCUAUUGAAAGGAUUAUGUCUUCAUACAAAGAGAUAACUGAAUUAGCAGGCUAUACUGCUCGAGUAUACAACAUGUUUUGGGUCUUUGAUGAAGUUAAAAGAGGCAUUUAUAAGAGAACUGCUGUCUUGCAAGAGUCUGAAAACCAUAGCAAGAGUGGAGUUAACGUAGAAUUACCCCUCAGUGAGACACUGGAAAUCAAAGGAAAAGUUAUUGAUGUGGAUCAUGGAAUUAUUUGUGAAAAUGUUCCCAUAAUUACACCAACGGGAGAAGUGGUGGCUUCCAAGCUAAACUUCAAAGUAGAAGAAGGAAUGCAUCUUUUGAUAACUGGUCCCAAUGGUUGUGGGAAAAGUUCUCUCUUCAGAAUUUUAAGUGGGCUCUGGCCUGUGUAUGAAGGAAUCCUAUAUAAACCACCUCCACAACAUAUGUUCUAUAUUCCACAAAGGCCGUACAUGUCUCUUGGAAGUCUUCGGGAUCAAGUCAUUUAUCCAGAUUCAGUGGAUGACAUGCAUGAUAAAGGCUAUACAGACCACGAUCUAGAUUGUAUUCUACAUAAUGUUCACCUCUAUCAUAUAGUUCAAAGAGAAGGAGGAUGGGAUGCUGUUAUGGACUGGAAAGAUGUCCUGUCAGGAGGGGAAAAGCAAAGAAUGGGCAUGGCUCGCAUGUUUUAUCAUAGACCAAAAUAUGCAUUGCUGGAUGAAUGCACCAGCGCUGUCAGCAUUGAUGUUGAAGGAAAGAUAUUUCAGGCUGCAAAAGGGGCUGGAAUUUCCUUACUUUCUAUAACACACAGGCCUUCUCUUUGGAAAUACCACACUCAUUUAUUACAGUUUGAUGGUGAAGGAGGUUGGCGCUUUGAACAAUUGGACACUGCUAUUCGUUUAACACUAAGUGAAGAAAAACAAAAGCUAGAAUCUCAGCUAGCUGGAAUUCCCAAAAUGCAGCAGAGACUCAAUGAGCUAUGUAAAAUUUUGGGAGAAGACUCGGUGCUGAAAACAAUAAAAAAUGAAGAUGAGACAUCCUAA